GCUCUGUCUCACAGCCUCACGUGUUUGUCAACUUCCUUCCUGUAUAACCGGAAGUGUCGCUCUCUCAGGAAUCCCUGUGUAUCUACUGGAGCCAGGUCACUCUGUGGGUCCUCAACCUGACUGUCUCAUCCUGGAGGCUUCCAGAUAGCCACGGCUAGUACCCAGACCUGAGAGGAUGACUUCAGAUGGAGCAUCUCCAUUGCUUGGACCAGAUACGACCCUGAAACCGGGCACUGCUCUACCUCCUUUCUCUGCACUUCCCUUUCCGCCACUUGCUCCUGGCUCACCAGAACCACCACCUUGGGAGCUGCCUGCACAGCCCCUCGUGCCUUCAGCUUUCUCUCCAAGCAACUCUUUGAUGCUCUCUGCUUUCCCUAGCGCAAUGUUGGUGACAGAGGAUGGGGGCCCUGGCCACAGUGGGGCUGGAGCUGGCAAAGUCAUUGUCAAAGUCAAGACAGAAGUGGGGCCAGCUGAGUCCUCUCAAACUCAGAACUUUAUCUUUUUUCCGACUGCCCUCAAUUGGACUGCCUCAGAUGCUCCCUGUGGGGGCCUCGAAGGUCCUCCCCCUCAGUUUGUGACAACCUCUCACAUGAAGACCCUUCUGCCCACUAAGGCUGUUGGGGUGAGCCAGGAGGGCCUCCCAGGCUUUCCUGUUCAGACUACACCACCAGCUUCCCAACUGGCCCCCACUGUGCUCCCAGAAAAGGGUUGGCCAGGGUCACAUGGGGCAACCGGAGGAGGUCUGCCAGCCGCCCAAUCCAAGCCCUCACUAGGUGACCUCUCCUAUACCUCCAAGGGUGUUUAUGAGAACUUCCGACGCUGGCAGUGCUACAAAGCCUUGGCCCGGAGGCACUUAUCCCAGAGUCCUGAUGCAGAAGCUCUUUCCUGCUUUCUUAUCCCAGUGCUUCGUUCCCUGGCCCGGCUGAAGCCCACUAUGACCCUGGAAGAGGGACUGCCAAGGGCCGUGCAGGAGUGGGAGCACACCAGCAACUUUGACCGGAUGAUCUUUUAUGAGAUGGCAGAAAAGUUCAUGGAGUUUGAGGCCGAGGAGAUGCAGAUUCAGAACGCACAGCUGAUGAAUGGGUCCCAGGCCCUGCCUCCUGCAGCCCCUCUGAAACUUGAUCCUCCGGGGCCCCUGGCCCCUGAGGUUUGUCAGCAGCCAGCGUAUAUUCCCAAGAAGAAAGCUUCCAAGGCCCGGGCCCCCCGCCGGCGGCAGCGCAAAACCCAGAGGCCUCCAGUUCCUGAGGCACCCAAAGAGAUCCCACCAGAAGCUGUGAAAGAGUAUGCUGACAUCAUGGACGGGCUGAUGGGGAGUCACUUGGCCACUGGGGAGCCAGAUGGAAGACAGGAAGAGGAAGAAGAGCAGCAGCAGGAGGAAGGGAUGCUUCCAGAUCCAGGUCUCCUGAGCUACAUUGAUGAGCUGUGUUCUCAGGAGGCCUUUGUCUCCAAGGUGGAAGCUGUCAUUCACCCUCAAUUUCUGACAGCUCUAAUAUCCCCAGAACAGAGGGAUCCCUUGGCCUUGAUUGAGGAGCUGGAGAAAGAAGAAAGACUCAGUCUUGCCCAGCUGGUCCAGAAGCGACUCCUGGCCUUGGAGGAGGAAGAGAAUGCUGAAGCACCUCCAAGUUGCAGUGGAGUUCAAUCUGACUCAAGUCCCUUCUUUUCUGACGAGGAUGAAGAUGGGGGUGGGAGACUUCGGCCCUUACCUGGGCUUCGGGUGGCUGGGGGUCCCGUUCGCCUUGGAAAGCCUGCUCCCCCAGGAAAGAGGGCAAAAAAAGUGCACAGUGGGCAGAAACGGGCCCUAGAUGGCCUAAAGGGAAUGCACGGGAACGGGAACACCCUACCAUCCCCCAGCAGCUGGGACCUGCAGCUAGAGCUUGCAGCUCCACAGGGAACUGGAGGGUCUUUAGGUACGAAGAGAAGAGGGCCUAGGAAGGUUACAAACCAGAUAUCCCCACAUCAGAAUGACUACCUGGGGGGUGCUGGCUCCCCUGAGCAUGCCCUGGUGGCUAACAGGACUUCCGAGGCUCUGCCCCUUGGCUGGCAGGGAGAACCCCAGCUUGAGAUGGUUCCCAGUUUGGAUGUUGGACUUGCAGAGCCGGCUCCUCUGCAAGAACAGAGGUUAGAAAAGCAGGUCCUGGGGUUGCAGACAGAACAAGAGAUAGUGGGGAGUGGAGUGCCUCAAGAGGAGGGGCUGUUUGCAGUGCCCCAGGAAGGCUCUUCAGGAGCCACGUGGGGAGAUGACAGAGGUCCUCAGAGUUAUGAGCAGAGCCCUUCCAGAGCAGCUGGGGACAGGGACGGGGACGGGGCCUCCCCUCUCAGUCCAGGACUGUGGCUCAGCAGGGAGAUGGAUGCCAUAGGCUUGGAGUUGCCCUUCGAGGUCAUAGACAACUUCCAUGGUGGGGAAUGUGUGCCUGAGCACCAGGGAGACUGCCAGGCACUGGGCUCCAGAAACACUUCUCUGGGUCCUGGAGAAACCACAUUUGGGGAUGUGGGGAGCAGUGCCGAUCCCUGUGGCGGCACGGAUGCCACAGCUGUCCUAGAAAAGAGAAACCAUAGCUGGGCCUUGAGGCCUAAAGAAAAUAGAGAACAGAGCCCCGAGACUACACAGGAGCCCAGUGAUCUGUGGGCUGACGGUUACCUUCUCUCGCUGGAAAGCAGUAUUCCUGGCUCCACAGUGGUUUCCAAAGAAACCCACCUGCCUGCAUGUCGAGGCAAUGUCCUUAUUCUGGGGACCCAGGAUGCCUCCUCCUUCCCUGAGGCCAGCCAGGAGGCAGGGAGCGAAGGCAAUUCCCUGUCUUUUCUGUUGGAAACCGCAGACCACAGCAACAUACUAGAUGUUGCAGAUGCCUGUGGCCUCCAGCUCGAGGCCAGUGAGGAAACCUGCCUGCCACAUUGCAAUUCUUAUGACCCCCAAGGAGAGGGCAGGGAGCAAGGCACUGAUUUGUCCACACCUACAGAGCUUGCUCCCUUACCAGUGAAUCAAGAGUCUUACGCGCAAGGGAGCCCCAAAUCCACAUCUCCCCAGGGCCUGGGGAGCACUUCCCCUCAAUGUGGAACCAAGGAUGCCUCAGUUCUGAAAGAAGCCUCUCCUGUUAGUGAAACAUGCAUUUCAGCAGGUGGGGCCAAAGGAGAGGAGGAGGGGGAGGAAGAUGAGGAACUCUCCCACUUUGCCUACCUCUUGGCCUCUAAACUGAGCCUGUCACCAAGGGAUCCCCCUCUCAGUCCUCACCCUGUCUCAGGCUGGUCCUCCACAGGAGGCUGGAGGGUCCAGAGAGCAUCUCAUUCCCUCUCUGUGGAGGCAAGAGGCCUCGGCCAACCUCCAUAUCCUGUUGCCAAGUCUAGGAAGCAAGCUCUAGUUGGAGGUCCAGUCCCUGCUGAAAAGAGGCCCUACCUGGGAGCGCAACUUGAGGUCUCUGGGGAGAAACCUCUGGUUCAAGGAGUGGUUGGACCCUCAAAGCCUCGUAAAAGGCGACGUGACAGUUGCACCACGGGCAGAAGGAAGAGACGACGUCGUAGCAAGUAGGCAACAGCAGGACCAUCCUAUCCCUCAUACCAGUCCCUAAAGCGUCACCAUUCCCCCCCUCCACCCCCCAGAUUUCACCCAAGCCGCAUACCAACCAGGAACUUGUUCUUAACCGUUUUGUGUUUCUGCAAAAGUUGAGUGUGGGGAGGAAGGUCAGACAGGCUAGGUUGGUGGUGGUGCCUUGGGUGGGAGGUGAGGGGGAAGUACCUUUGGAAGGAGUUGUAUGGGGAAAAAAAUGAAUAAAGGUUUUUGUUGUUGUUGGAAAAUACUCUCCAUGUGCUCAUUUAGGUGGGGUAAGAUGCUGUAAAGAUAAGGUGGAGUGGCUCUGGAUUCUACAGAUUGACAGCCUUCAGCCUCAUCUAGGCUUUGGGAAGCCCCAACACUGAGCAGUCCCCAGUGAGCACUUCAUUCCUCCCUUCAUCAAAGGUUUGCACUUGGCUGUUGGGAGGGCUUCUCUGGACAGCCUGUCAUUACCUGUCUCCCUUUAAAAGUCUAUACAUGUUAAGAGAGGCUUUCCUUUUCUUACCUGUCAGAUCUCUGGGAUAGGUAUCUCAUUUUCUAAGCCUAACUUUCUGUAACUGUGUCUAGACAUAGCACCCCUCUUUAGGAGCGCCUUGUUUUCUUCUUCCUUGAAGAAAGGUUGGACAGAAGGGAUAUUUCAACAUCCUCAACUCAUCCCGUGGCAGAAAAACCCUCCCAUGUGGUUGGUCUGACUUGCAGAGAGGAGGCAUCAAUCUCAGGAGGAUGUUAAAUAUGGAAUGGUAAUGAGCUAUUUUUCAGUCUCUAAUGAGAACAGAGCAAGAGGGAACAGGCUGCAGAGGUUCAUGAGGAAGCCUGUUAAAAUGUGUGUAUAUGGGGCGUGAUACCACGAGGGAAGGAUAUGAGAGUCGUACGAUUUCUGUGCAGGAAAGCACC